GCCUGCAUCAUCAUCAUCAUCAUCAUCCCAAAUCCAUGGCCUACGCCGCGAUACGGCAGCUGCUCGUGGCGGCCCUCGACCAGAAGCGGCAGGGGCAGCCACUGCCGCCGCUGCCGUUCACCAUCCACGACGCCAACGUCUUCACCGCCGGCGACCACCCCUCCCACCUCUACUAUAAUUUGAAGAGCAAUGCGGCGGAAGACGGCAGCGUGUACGUGUUCAGCCCGGGACGCAAGAUCCCACGGCCGAGAAACAUCACCGGAGGCUACUGGAAAGUGAUGAUCAAUCAACCGGAAUCGAUCAUCGCCACGGCGGACGGCGCCAAGAUCGGCCGGAGUAGGAGAUGGGCCUUCGUCAACGAUUGGUCCGUCGGGUGCGACGUCGAAGGCUGGGCUAUGGAGGAGCUCCGCAUCGCCGGCGGCACGACGGCGACCACUCGCCCCGACGACGACCUACGGUUGUACCGCCUCUACCGGUUCCCACGGGGAUAGAUGCCGCGGCAUCCACACGAACCCGAACAAAAAUUAUCGAGUGAGGUCCUCUACAUUACUGUAUAUGGGCCCACAUACCUUCAGGCUCACAUGUCUACAUGUACAGUACUGUGGAGGGUCCGAAUUAAAAAUUAUCGGGUUCUAUACAUACUACCAUUAAUUAAUUAUCUUAGUAUUUUACGAUGUUAUAUACCUACUUUAUAAAAAUACUAAAUAAACAUUGAGAUGGCAAUAUAAUGCA